AUGACUGAGCCAGAGCCACCGGCCGUCGCCGCCCUUUCCCUCGCCGACACAGCGACACAGCCCGUCUCCAAAGCAACAGAGCAGAAAAUCGACCCUUGGGAUGUAUCAGCAGGAGUCGACGAGGAGGGAAACGAGAAGGAAUUCGACUAUGUCGCCAUCUCGAAGCAGUGGGCCACAAAGCUCAUAGACGAACCACUGCUCGAGCGCUUCGAACGCAUCACAGGCCACAAGCCACAUCGCUGGUUACGGCGAGGCCUUUUCUUCUCACACCGCGACCUCGAGCUCAUUCUGGAUACAUACGAGCGCGGCGACGACUUCCUCCUGUACACUGGUCGCGGCCCCAGCAGCGACGCUAUGCACAUUGGCCACACGAUUCCCUUUGAGUUCACAAAGUGGCUGCAAGAUGUCUUCGACGUCCCGCUGGUCAUCAUGUUGACCGACGACGAGAAGUUCUUGUUCAAGCAGAAACUGAAGCAGGAGCAAGUCUACGAGUUCUCGCGGCAGAACGCCAAGGACAUCAUCGCCAUUGGUUUCGACCCCAAGAAGACCUUCAUGUACAUCGAUUCCGAGUUCUUCUCGUCCGGCUACAACCGACAUUUCAGUCUCAACGCUACCGAGUUCGAAAAGCUGGUUACCAACAAUCAAGUCCGGGGCGCCUUCGGUUUUGAUGGCUCAACCAACAUUGGUAGCAACGCAUUCGCAGCCAAGCAAUGUGUUGCCGCCUUUGCUUCUUCGUAUCCCUUCAUCUGGGGCGAGGAUUACAAGACCUACAAACGCUCCAAAAAACUUGCUGCCUUGCCCUGCCUGAUCCCCUGUGCCAUCGACCAAGAUCCCUACUUCCGCUUGGUUCGUGAGAACUGCAACAGGAUGGACCUCCCCUCGCCAAAACCAGCCCUCAUUCACUCCAAGUUUCUCACUUCGUUGCAAGGUGCUGGUGGCAAGAUGAGUGCAUCUGAUGCCAACUCUGCUAUAUACAUGAGCGAUACGCCAAAGCAGAUCAAGACAAAGAUCAAUACCAAGGCCUUUUCUGGCGGCCAAGAGACGCUAGAACUUCACCGCGAGAAGGGUGGAAACCCUGACAUUGACGUGCCCUAUCAAUACAUUUCUUACUUUGAAGACGAUGACGCCAAACUCACAAAGCUAGGUGAGGAUUAUCGUAAAGGCGAGGUGUUGACCGGCGAGAUGAAGAAGGAAUGCGUAGACAUCAUGACUACAUACGUCAAGCAGUUCCAAGAAGCAAGAGCAAAGGUCACAGACGAGGUGCUAGACGAAUUCCUUCGUCCACGGAAGCUGGAGUGGAAGGGUAACCCCAACCCCACUAAGCCCAAGCUCGAACAGCCGGCCCAAGAUACUGAGAGUGGGGGACCUAUGCUUGACGCCGACGGAAAGCCCAUGACCAAGAACGCCAUGAAGAAGGCGGCUAAGAUGGCUGAGGUUGAGCGCAAGAAGAAAGAGAAGGAAGCUGCUGCUGCUGCGGCCAAGCAGUGA